UUAACUUGUUUUUAAAAGGAAGAAAGUGAAAUUUGAGUUGUCUUGAUUGUUAAUUUAUUUUAAUUUUAAUAUUAUUGUUUUAUUCCCUAUCAAAAUGGUUAAACUUGAUGCUAACAUGUUGAAAUAUUUGGAAAGUGAUGAUUUCCGGGUUAUCACUGCAGUGGAAAUGGGAAUGAAAAAUCAUCAACUGGUUCCUGGAUCAUUGAUAAGUUCAAUUGCUGGUCUACGUGGUGGUGGAACAUCUAAAAUUUUGAACAAUUUAACUAAAAAUAAAUUGUUAGUCUAUGAACGAGGUAAAAAAUAUGAUGGAUAUCGAUUGAAUUUCCAUGGUUAUGAUAGUCUUGCCCUAAAUGUUUUGUCUCGACGUGGAGUUGUCAGUCAUCUUGGUAAUCAAAUAGGUGUUGGAAAAGAGUCGGAUGUUUAUAUUGUUGGCAAUGAAGAAGGAGAAAGAUUUGCUAUGAAACUGCAUAGACUUGGUCGUACAUCUUUCAGAAAAGUUCAUGAUAAAAGAGACUAUCAUCAUCAUGGCAAAGUCAACAAUUGGAUCUACAUGUCCAGGCUUUCAGCUGCCAGAGAAUUUUCAUUUCUCAAGGCUCUCCAUGAAAGAGGAUUCCCAGUUCCCAAGCCGAUUGAUAUUAAUCGCCAUUGUAUUGUCAUGGAGCUUAUUAAUGGAACUUUGUUGAAUCAUGUGGCCGAGCUUGAAGACAAAGCUACUAUUUAUGACAGCCUAAUGAAUUUGUUGCUUUCUCUUGCUAAUGAUUAUGGUGUUGUUCAUGGUGAUUUCAAUGAAUUUAAUAUCAUGAUUGACAAUGAAAACUUAACACCUAUUCUAAUUGACUUUCCACAAAUGAUUAGUACUAACCAUAAAAUGGCAAGGGAAUAUUUCCAACGAGAUGUUGAAUGUGUUGUUAACAUUUUCAAAAGAAAAUAUCAUUUUGAAAGUGAAGAUAUUCCAAAUUUUGAUCGUGAUGUGAUCAUCGAUGAAAAAGAAGAAGGAAUAAUCGGAAAUUUAUCAACAGAAGCCAAUGAAUUUGAACCAGUUAUAAACAAUGAUCUUAGUGAUUUAGAUGACAAUUCCGUUUUACCAGGAACUUCAGAAUCAAUCUCCAAUGAAGAGAAUCCACUCAAUAUUGCUGGUUCAAAAGUUGGAACUUAUUCAGUCGCUGGAAGUACUUUUACCACCGAGAUGAUUAAAACAAAGUUGCAGAAUGAGUUCGCAAGUCGUUCAAGACGAGAGGAAUUAAAGAAAGCGUCCAAAAGUAUCAAGGGAGAGGAUUCAAGAGUUCGAAGACAAAGACGUGAUAAUGAUGCAAGAAUCAGAGAUGACAAAGCUUUAGGUAAUUCUGAUUGGUUUGUUAAUCAGUAUAAAUAAUGAAAGUUGUUCAUCAAUAUAUUGAUUGAUUGUCCAAAUAAAAUUGUAAAUGAAUUCUGUAAAACAA